GACUCGACAUCCAUCGACGACAUCAAUGAUAAAGCCACACGAAGACUUUGGGUUAUGGGACUUCUUAGUAGUUUACUCUCCUGCCAAAACUGUGGCCCCAAGCCUCAGACUUUUACUCAUUCAAGUCCACCAUCCAUUAACAAAACCUCAAGAACAACUCAAAUUUAACUACAAUUCAUCCUCAAGACUGUCAAAUUCUCUUAUAUGUUUUUCUUAAUAUCUACUUUCCAAAUACCAUGGACGUAUCAUGCUUCUUUUUAUCCUUCAUUUGUCUAGCGAUCAGUUUCCGAACUUUUAUAGCCUGCAAUUCAAGUGAUCUAAUAGCUCUUACUGGUUUCUCAAAGUGUUUAUCAUCAAAGAUUGAUGGUUGGAAUAGCAGCACUUCUGAUUGCUGUACUUGGACUGGCGUCAGUUGUAAUAAUUCCACUGUUUUGAGAAUAAGGGUCACAGGGCUAGAACUUGGUAGCAAGAGACUCACAGGAACAAUCUGUGAGUCCUUGGCAGGAUUGGAUCAACUCAAAACCUUAAAUUUAUCGCAUAACUUUCUGUCCAGAAACCUUCCAGCUAAAUUGUUCAGUCUGCAGCAUCUGGAGGUACUUGAUUUGAGUAACAAUGAGUUAGCCGGUUCAAUUCCAGGGGUGGGAGUUUAUAUGCCUUCAAUCAGGUAUGUUGACUUGUCAAGGAAUUACUUCUCUGGUUCCAUCAAUGCUUCACUUUGUGAAACUUCACCCAGUGUUCGUGUUCUCAACCUGGCAAGCAACUAUUUCACUGGCGAAGUUUCCUCGAAUUUUGGACUCUGUACUUCUCUGCAGCAUCUCUUUCUUACUGGCAAUAAUCUGUCAGGAAGGUUUCCUGAGAGUCUCUUGCAGCUACGAGAUCUUCGUGUAUUGCACCUUGAAGAUAAUCAGUUUUCUGGACCACUGCAUGCUGAAAUUGGUAACCUUUCUAACCUUGUGGAGUUGGAUGUUUCUUCCAACUUGUUAUCUGGAAGCCUUCCUGAUGUUUUUGGGAAGCUUGGAAAGAUCGAGCACUUCUCUGCCAACAGAAAUAAAUUCAUUGGCAGCUUGCCCAAAUCUUUGGUGCAUUCUCCAUCUCUUCUAACUCUUGAUCUGAACAAAAACACCCUUGAUGGUCCUAUCAAUAUCAACUGCUCCGCAAUGACUCAUCUCAUUUCUCUGAAUCUGGGUUCGAAUAAUUUCAAUAGCCCGAUCCCUGAAAGUCUAUCAUCUUGCCAAAGCCUGAGCAUUUUGAAUCUUAGCCUUAACAAACUCGGUGGGGAGAUUCCUUAUAACUUCAAGAAUCUUCAAGCUCUCGCGUUCCUCUCUCUCUCGAACAACAGCCUGACAAAUUUAUCAGCAGCUCUUGCAAUCGUACAACAUUGCAAAAACUUAACCACACUGAUACUUAGUAUCAAUUUUCAAGGUGAGCAAAUGCCUGAUGAUGUGAAUCUGCAGUUUGAGAGCCUCAAGGCUCUCGUUAUUCCGUACUCUGAACUCAGAGGCUCAAUUCCAUCAUGGUUAAGUCGUUGCCAAUCGCUUCAGCUGUUAGAUCUGUCUUGGAAUUUCUUGGGUGGACCACUUCCACCUUGGAUAGGCAAUUUCAAGCACCUGUUUUACUUGGAUGUGUCAAAUAAUUCCUUUACUGGUGAGAUACCAAAACGCUUGACAGAACUACAAGCCCUCAUUAAAGUCAUGAAUAUCCCUUUAGAAGGAACUUCAGGUGUUCCUUUCUACCGGGCUGGGGGAAGUAGCAGAAAUUUGCAGUAUAAAAGCAUUCGGAGCUUUCGACCAACUAUAGACCUAAGUUAUAACAAGCUUAGUGGGCCAAUCUGGCCUAGUUUCGGGAACUUGAAAACCCUUCAUGUUUUGCAACUAAACAAGAAUAUGAUUUCAGGACAAAUUCCAGAUAGUAUUUCAGGAAUGUCAAGCUUGGAAACUUUGGAUUUGUCUCAUAACAAAUUAUCUGGAGAGAUACCCAGUUCAUUGGUAAAGCUCACCUUUCUAUCCAACUUCAGCGUAGCAUACAAUGAACUUUGUGGGAAAAUCCCAACAGGUGGCCAAUUCUUGACCUUCCCAAAUUCAAGCUUCAUGGGAAACAAGGGACAAGGUGCUGGAGAGUUUGCUUCAUGUCAACCUGUUCAGACUCCUAACGAGCAUGGGAGUACAAGUAUGAGCAUGACUAUAGUAGGUUUGCCAUUUACACUAGGAGCAGCAACUGGCUUUAUCAUCACUAUCAUCUUUGUCUUCAGGUCUGGAUGGGUAUUUUCAAAGGCACAAAGAAGAUGAACCCCUUGCUUGUUGAAAUUUGCUGCUGAUUAUGAAGUGUCUACAUUUCAAUCAAUAGAUGCAAGCUCGUCUUCUUUUCCAAUUAUGGUAUUACUGUACUGGAGUUUGAUCUAAUAGUUAUACAAGACAGAAGCUAGUGCCUAGUAAUUGUUAAACCAUUUUGUGCACUUGAAAGAUUAAUCAUUAAUUUAUGGUAACUAAAGUUAACAGCUAAAA